GUUGCUUGCGGAACCUCUGCAGACCCGGGAGAGCUGAGUUCCGGCAGCGAGGGCUGCCGCUUCUUCCGUCCUCCCCGGGGCGCGGAAAUGGUUGUCUUGGUUACGGAUCCUAACGGUCCCUGGCUCUGAGAGCGCUCGCUGGGGGGCUGCGCCCGGAACUGCAGACUGGAAACGCUUUCGCGGUGGCGGUUGGUCUAGCCUUCGACGUGGAAUAAUUGAAGCUUUCGAGAGAGUUGAAAUUGAAUUUUAGAGACAAAAACUGACCCAUAACGAUAAAGAUGUCUCGAAAAAUUCCUAAGGAGUCAAAAAAAGUGAACGUCUCUAGUUCUUUGGAAUCUGAAGAUAUUAGUUUAGAAACGACAGUACCUACAGAUGAUGUUUCCUCGUCAGAAGAGAGAGAUGGUAAAAUCAAAAUCACCAGGCAGCUAAUUGAACGGAAAGAAUUACUUCAUAAUAUUCAGUUACUGAAAAUAGAACUAUCCCAGAAAAACAUGAUGAUCGACAAUUUGAAAAUGGAUUAUCUUACAAAGAUUGAAGAAUUGGAAGAGAAACUGAAUGAUGCACUUCACCAGAAGCAGCUGCUAACCUUGAGAUUAGACAACCAAUUGAGUUUUCAGCAGAAGGAUGCCAGAAAAUAUCAAGAACUAUUGAAACAAGAAAUGGAAACUAUCUUAUUGAGACAGAAACAACUAGAGGAGACAAAUCUUCAGCUAAGAGAGAAGGCUGGAGAUAUUCGUCGAAACCUUCGUGACUUUGAGUUGGCAGAAGAGCAAUAUAUGAAACUAAAAGCUUUUCCUGAAGAUCAGCUCUCGAUUCCUGAAUAUGUGUCUAUUCGGUUCUAUGAACUAGUGACUCCAUUAAGAAAGGAAAUCUGUGAGCUACAAGUGAAAAAGAAUGACCUAUCGGAAGAACUGAGUGCAAACAAAGGCCAACUGAAGCAAUUGAUGGAGACCUAUGAAGAAGAGCGAAGAAGCUGCUCUGAGCUUCAAAAUAGAUGUCAACGUUUGGCGCUAGAAUUAGCAGACACAAAGCAAUUAAUUCAGCAAGGUGAUUACCGUCAAGAGAACUAUGAUAAAGUCAAGAGUGAACGUGAUGCACUUGAACAGGAAGCAACUGAGUUUAGGAGAAAACAUGAAAUACUUGAAGCCUCUCUCAAAACUCAAGUUAAAGAAAGAAGUGAAUUAUCAAAAGAGGUAGCCACCUUACAGCAGACUAUUACUUUAUUGCAAAAAGAUAAAGAAUAUCUAAAUCGCCAAAACAUGGAACUUAGUGUUCGUUGUGCCCAUGAGGAGGAUCGCCUUGAAAGACUGCAAGCUCAACUUGAAGAAACCAAAAAGUCUAGAGAAGAGAUGUAUGAAAAAUACGUAACAUCCAGGGACCAUUAUAAAACAGAAUAUGAAAAUAAACUACGUGAUGAACUAGAACAAAUAAGACUGAAAACUAAUCAAGAGAUUGAUCAGCUUCGGAGUGCCUCUAGGGAAAUGUAUGAACGGGAAAACAGAAAUCUCCGCGAAGCAAGAGAUAACGCAGUGGCUGAAAAGGACCGAGCUGUGAUGGCUGAAAAGGAUGCUUUAGAAAAACAUGAUCAACUCUUAGACAGAUACAGAGAACUACAACUUAGUGAGGAAAGCAAAGUGACAGAAUUUCUCCAUCAAAGUAAAUUAAAGUCUUUUGAAUGUGAGCGUGUUCAACUUCUACAAGAAGAAACUGCAAGAAAUCUCACCCAGUGUCAGUUGGAAUGUGAAAAAUACCAGAAAAAAUUGGAGGUUUUAACUAAAGAAUUUUAUAGUCUCCAAGCCUCUUCUGAAAAACGCAUUACUGAACUUCAAGCACAGAACUCUGAGCAUCAGGCAAGGCUAGAUAUUUAUGAGAAACUGGAAAAAGAGCUUGAUGAGAUAAUAAUGCAAACUGCAGAAAUUGAAAAUGAAGAUGAGGCUGAAAGGAUUCUUUUUUCCUAUGGCUAUGGAGCUAAUGUUCCCACAACAGCCAAAAGACGACUAAAGCAAAGUGUCCACUUGGCAAGAAGAGUGCUUCAGUUAGAAAAACAAAACUCACUAAUUUUAAAAGACCUGGAACAUCAAAAGGACCAAGUAACACAGCUUUCACAAGAGCUUGACAGGGCCAAUUCAUUAUUAAACCAGGCACAGCAGCCUUACAGAUACCUUAUUGAAUCAGUGCGUCAGAGAGAUUCAAAGAUCGAUUCACUGAAGGGGUGUGUUGCACAACUUGAGAAAGAUGUCAGCAAUUUAAAUAAAGAAAAAUCAGCUUUACUGCAGAUGAAGAAUCAAAUGGCAUUAGAUUUGGAACAGCUUCUAAAUCAUCGUGAGGCAGGGAAGAGAGACUGGCGGCCCGUGGUGAGAGCGAUCUGGUUCACCGUGAACAUCCGUCCCUCGUCUCGCAGAGUUUAGGCCUCCUUGGGAAAGCAGAACGACACCGACAGGAUAGAGGAGACCUGGUAAAGGCAUCUAUGCAAAUUUUUUCGUUCUGAUUUCUCCAAGUUCUGCCCCAGUGUUCAGUGAAAUCUUUAUAAAGCGGAGUUGGGGUUGGAGGGGAGGAUAAAAUAUCUCUCCUCACAAAGUUCUUCCCAUUAAGAUAUGAUUUAAUGUUCAUGCCCUCUACCUUUAUAGGUCAGAAUAAAAUCUGAUGUGAUCUCUCUUUGUUUUGUAAAACCGUUGAAGGCACUUUACUAAGUACUUCCAUGAGUAUUACACAAGUUAAUCUUUACAACAGUCCAUUAGGAUAAAUAUCAUUGUCCCUAUUAUUUACAGAUGAAACUGAUGCUGAUAGAAGUUAAGUAACUUGACCAUAACAACAUACUUACUUUGAAACUAAAAAUAAAUCAAUUUUUCUCUCUAAAAACAGCUUAUGGUCUUUUUCCUUAGCUCCAUUUAGACUGAAAUGUAAUGAAUUAUUACUUGCAUUAGUUCCGGGAAAAUUUUUGCUUCUGUAGAUCAAAUUAUAUUCUUCUUCUUUUUUUCUUUUCUUGGUCAGAAAGUAAAAACUAUGUAAUUUAAUAUGUUUCCUUUUUGUGUUAGGUUCUAGAAAACUCAGAGUAGAAUGUCUUAUCCAAGUGUGCCAUAAUCUUUUUUUUUUUUUUUAAUUUUGAUACCUCAGAAUAACUUUUUUUUCUGCUUCCUUCAAGUGGGCUGUAAUCUGUUGUACCCUUAAUGUCUUCACUAUGCUGUGAUUAAGACCUCUUAGGUGUAAAUAAAAUAUAAACCUGAGAUAAUUUGGUGAAAAAAAUCAACUGAUAUGAUCAUCUCACUGUUAGAUAACAAUAAAAAUGCUUUAGAUAAAACCUUCAGCUUGAGAGGCUUUUGAGUAUAGGCAAUAUGAUUCCUUAGAGUGGUUUCUUUCUUAUUGAGCUUACCUUACCUCCCAGUGGUUUAUUUAUUGCUUUCAUUUUUCAUUCAUUUUUAUUCAUUCAUGUUUGCCUUAGUGAAAAGUCUUUGGAAAGUCUAAUUCUGCUUUUCUUUUUAUGUAUUUGGUCAUGUGUCCUUAGUAAUACAGGGUUGGGGGAUGAGCAAAAGUGUCUUCUGUCCUCAGCCCAAUGUCUAAUAGAAUACUGAGCUCAAUUUUAGGAAACCAAUGUAAAACUACUUUUCUGUUACCUUUUAGGGCUGUAUUAAGGGUAGAGUCUACAUAGUGAAAUGGUUCAGGACAAUACAUGACAGAGCCGUCUUUGUAUGAUGAUAAAUACAUAUGCUUCCAUUGAUUAAUGUCCUCAGACAGUUUUUCUGUUCAGCAGCAUUUUGCCUGACUCUCUUACCUGUCACUAUGAUAAAAUAACAGUGUAGAACAUGAUACACUCCUUCUCCUAAAGUGUUUUUCUUGAGUUCAUAGACUGGAAGGCUGAUAGAGUGGAAAGGGAAUCAACUUUGAAAUUUGACAGUUUGAAAUCCAGAGUCCAGCAUUUCUAGUUAUAUUACCUUGGGCAACUUAAUAUCUAUGAAUCCCAGGUCACUGACAUUUAAAAUGAAGAAGCCAAUCUGAAUUGUUUUGCACAGCAUUUUCCGUAUCAUUUGAUACUUAAUAAAUAUUGAUUUCUUUCUCUCUUCCUCAGCUGUAAUCUAGAAGUGGUUUAGACUAUGUUUACAAGGCAGUGUUCUUGAGACCUCUGCUCUGUAUAAUAUUACUAAAUAAUUCAGCAAAUAUUUGCAGACCACCUACCGUGUUCCAAUAUAAAGAAGUAGUAUUCUGUAGUAGUAAAGAACAUAGACUCUGGAACCCUUUGCCUGGAUUUGAAUCAUCAUUCUAACAUUAAUUAGCUGUGUGUAUUGGAGCAAGUUAUUUACUAACUUCUCUGUGCCUCAGUUUCCUCAAGUGAGAAUUAUAGGUCCUACCUCAUAAGGUGAUUAUGAGCACUAAAUAAGUUAAUAAUAAAAGGACUUAGAACAGUCCCUGGCACACAGUAAGCACAAUAUGAAUGUGAGUCAUUAUUGUUAUGGUAGUGGUGGUGAUUUUUGUUUUUGUUGUUAUUCUAGACAUUGUGCUAGGAAAUUAUGUAGACUGUGCCCACCUAGUUGUACUCUGAAGCUUUAUGAAUUGCCUGAAUAAGCAACCUUUAUAUAAAUUAAUAUUUAACAUUGUCUUUCUUAAUAUUUUUGUAUCUUAUAUAAUCUCGCUGUUAUUCUGAUAAAAUUAACUGAUACUCAUUAAGUGUAUCAUUAAUGUUCCUGAGAUAGCAAGUUUGAAAGCUUCCAGUUUUAAGAAGGUAGUUUCGCAAAUAAUUUUUCGUCAUUACGAAAAUGUUUUUCUGUAUUUUCCAACAAACAUUAAAUGAAAUUUAGAUAUAAUUUCUCAUUUUAAAGGAAUAUAAAUGUAUAUAGCAAUAAAAUCUCAUUUUUACGUUUUGUUUUUGCAAUCUACAAAGUAAUUAUGCAUUCAUCUACUUUACUACAUAAACCAAACCCAUUCCCUUCGAGUCAGUUCUGAUACACAGCAACCCUGUAGGACAGAGUAGAACUGCCCUAUAGACUAUCCAAGGAGCACCUGGUAGAUUUGAACUGUCAACCUUUUGGUUAGCAGCCGAAGCACUUAACCACUACGCCACCAGGGUUUCCUUACCGCAUAGAUGUAAGCUAUUGAUUCCAGUUGAAUUUUUUCAACUUACUUAUUUUUAUAGCCUUUCUAUCAUUUUCACUGCCACUCUUUCUUCUCCUCUCCUCUAUAAAUUAAGGAAUUAUAUUGAGUAAAAUCAUUAUUUUUAACAUAACAAUCAGUUUUUUUAAAUAAAGCGAGGGGUAUAUGGCUAUUGCUAAUUGGUAUGUUUCAUUGAAAUUUCAGUAUCGUUUUCAUUUCAGAUGUGACCUUCUCAUUAACCAAGAAUUAAUUUUUUUUUAGUAGCUAAUUGUUUGGUCUAAUUUCUGGAUUAUGCAUAUCCCCGGGGGAGAGGUUAAAGGGGGGACAGCUCUAUGAAUAAGCCUAGAACUCUUAACUUGUAAUUUUGUACCAUCUGUGAUUUAACCUCAACAUACCAGUCCAGUCUUACCUCUUACUACAGUCUCUCUCACACAUACAUAUCUGUUGUCUUCUACAACAGAUCGCUUGCCUUUAUUCAUUUGAUUUCCUCUAACUGUAAUUUCUUCUCCCCCUUUUUGCCUAUGGGAAUCCUACCCAUUUUCCAGAAUACACUUUAAAUGUUUCUUCUCCUAAAAAAGCUUCUCUUGUUUCUUACCUACAAUUUAUGUUACCAUCUUUGUUGUUAUAUAUUCCACUGAUAUAGAAAAUCAUAUUAAUUUAUUCAAUGGUUAGUUAUUUUGUACCUCUUCUGUAAUAGAUAUCUUUGCAAGCCCUCGACAUGGUGAUUAAGAGAGACACAAUUCCUGCAUUCAUGGAGUUUACAGCCUAGUGCGUAUAACAACAGUAAAUCAGCAAUUAUAAUAUAGUGUAAGUAAUAUAAUAUUGAGAAGAAUGGGAAUUCCUGAACGCUUCAUUGUGCUCAUUCAGAACCUGUACGUAGACCAAGAGACAGUUGUCCAAACAGAACAAGGGGAUACUGCGUGGUUUAAAAUCAGGAAAGGUGUGUUUCAGAGCUGUAUCCUUUCACCGUAUUUAUGCUGAGCAAAUAAUCCAAGAAACUGGACUAUAGGAAGAAGAAUGGGCAUCAGGAUUGGAGGAGGACUCAUUAACAACCUGCAAUAUGCAGAUGAAACAACCUUGCCUGCGGAAAGCAAAAAGAACUUGAAGCACUUGCUGAUAAAGAUCAAGACCACAGCCUUUAGUAUGGAUUAUACCUUAAUGUAAAGAAAACAAAAAUCCUUACAGCUAGACCAAAAAGCAACAUCAUGAUAAACAGAGAAAAGACUGAAGUUGUCAAGGAUUCCAUUUUGCUUGGAUCCACAGUCAACACCCAUGGAAGCAGUAGUCAAGAAAUGAAAAGACAUAUGACAUUGGGCAAAUCUGCUGCAAAAGACCUCUUUGAAGUGUUAAAAAGCAAAGAUGUCUCCUUGAGGAUAAAAAAAGGUAAAAGCCAUCAUAUUUUCAGUCACCUCAUAUGCAUCCGAAAGCUGGACAGUAAAUAAGGAAGACUGAAGAAGAAUUGAUGCAUUUGAACUAUGGUGCUGGUGAAGAAUACUGAAUAUACUAUGGACUACCAGAAAAAUAACAAUCUGUCUUGGAGGAACUAUAGCCAGAAUGCUCCUUUGAAGCAAGGAUGAUGAAACUUUGGCUCACACACUUUGGACGUGUCAUCAGGAGGGACCAGUACCUGGAGGAGGACAUCAUCCUUGGCAAAGUGAGGGUCAUUGAAAAAGAGGAAGACCCUCAACAAGAUGCAUUGACACAGUGGCUGCAACAAUGGGCCCAAAUAUAGGAACGAUUGUGAGGAAGGCAUGAGGUGGUGCAGUGUUUCAUUCUGUUAUACAUUGGGUUGCUAUGAGUUGGAACCAUCUUGACAGCACUUAACAACAAAAAUGUAAUAAAAGUUUCUAUAGUAUUUGCAUCUUACUCACAUUUGCAUUCAGGGAAGGCUUCUUAGAGAAAGCAACAACUAAAAUCAGUCCUAAAGGAAGAGUAGGAAUUUGCCAGAUAAAGAUGGAGGGAGAAGAGAUACCAAGAGAGUGGGGUGCUGUGCAUAAAAUGUGGAAACUGUUUUGAAACUGUGCAUAGAGGCUGGAAGAGUUUUAGAGUGCCUAAUAGUAAAAGCAUAAAAGCAUAGAUUGCUUUGAAGAAACUCUUGGUGGAAUUAUGUACAUCAAAGCCAAUUCUGGUGAGGACUCAGAAGGAAAUACGGAGAGCUGUUACACUGGAGAUGGCACAGACAGCAAGAGGCAGCAGCAGAACUAGGAGACCAGCGCAAGACAGCGCAGGAGGCAACCCACAGACCAAGAGAGCUAAGUGCCUUCAUGCAGGAGGCCUCCUGGCAGAGUAGGGUGUCUCCGAACACUUAUCACUGGAGCUAGGCUUGCCGACCCAUGCAGCAAGAGAAUUGUGCCUUCCGGGCUGAAGUUUACUGGCAGAGUGGGGUGCACUUAUCGAUGGAGUUAAAGAGCUUUGGAACACUUGCCCCAGCAGGGCAGAUGGGGGCAAUGUACCCCGAGGGGCUGAGAGGCCAAGGAGCCAGGAAACAGGAGCUGAAGAAGCAAGGACCUGGUAAUAGGGAACCAGGGUUGAGAAGGGAGAGUACUGACAUGUCGUGGGGUUGUUAACCAGCGUCAGAGAACAAUGCGUGUACUAACUGUUUGAUGAGAAAAUAGUUCUGUAAACCUUCAUCUAAAGUACAAUAAAAAAAAAAAAAAAAGGAACACGGAA